AUGCCGAUAUCUCGAUCGUGCGACCACUGUUACGUGCAGAAGAAGAAAUGUCAAAGAAACAAAAGUCAGGCCAAAUGUAUUCGAUGUGCCCGCCUUGCUCUUGAUUGCUCGACAGCCCGACAUUCCCGCCCACCUGGACGCCCGGCGCGAUCCAAGCUCCUUGGUCCUGCAGCAGAAAUUCAAGUUUGGGCUUCGGAGAAGGGAAUUCCUGGUUCGAAAAAUGCCGAAUCACAGACUGCUUCUCCGCCGCUUUCGCAAAGCGCUUCUACCGAUGCAGCUUCCGAACAAGACCUCUUAGCAACUGAUGAUCUCAGCUGCUCCAUAGGCCAUGAUGCGCAAUCAAAGCUACAUGACGUUCUUCAGGAGCUCGGACAGAACCAGCAAAAGGGUACCCCGGCACCAGAACCCACAGAUGAGGAGUUUUAUACAUUAAAUGACAUCUUCAUGAUUGGCCCAACCUUUGCCAAGGACUUCCGCCGGGCUCUAAAUUAUUCUUAUUCCAAAUCCCCUCAUCUCUUGAGAGACAUGUUUUCUGCAAUGAUCAAAUACAUGAUGAACAGCACCAAGCUGAAUCCCACCACACCCGUCCAUGCGGAGAUUGCCGGGGUUGCAGAUCUGCUACGGACAUUACAAGCAACGGAGAUUGCCAAUACCCAUGAUGCCUUGGCUGUACUUGUGCUAGGCCAGAGUUUGGCCGCAUUGGAUACCUUCAUCGUUUCUACAGGGUCAAUGCUGAUCUUACGCCAUUCAUUGUAUCUGGUUAAACCGUGGUAUCCACAGCUCGCCCAGGUGGAUUUCUUGGACCCCGUGACCAUGACCCCACUCUUUUGGGAGCUGCUCGAGUGUUUGAUCAAACGGGAAAUACCGAUAAUUCGACCACGAAUUCAUCGCCCCGCUGUUGUCGAUCGGUUAGUCGGGUUAUGCGUCACCUUGAUGCCAAUACUCUACGAUCUGUGUGAAGUGAGCCAUGAACUGAAGGUUCAAUCUCAGCCAGAAAUGCAUAAAUUGGAUAUCAUCAAGCAACAAGUUUUGUCAUGGACACCUUAUGAAGCAUUCCUACAUGGCUCGAACUUCACCGAUUCCGAGAUCAUGUUACUGCGAGCUCAAGCGGCCAUCUACCGAUCCGCUACUCUGCUCCUCAUACACCGCCUCAAGUAUCAGCUGUCCUGCCAGGAUGGUAUUGCCGUGUCAUAUGCGAACGAUAUACUGGCGGAGAGAGACAAAAUUCUUCUAUGCGGCGGACCCAAUACGAAGCUACAGUUCGGCUGUUUCCCGUUGUUCUUGGCGCUGCUCGAGAUUCCCUUGCGGCCAGAAAACUUGUGGAAGAGUGCAACAAAACUAUCUUACUGCCCACCUUGUGCUGAACAGUUUUUUUCAUUCCAUAAAUACUUCUGGCAACAAAGAUGGGAUGGCUACAAGGGGUCUUUAUUCGAUCUUAUUGAUAGUGGACCAAUGUUCAUAGCCGUGCCUUAA